UGCUUUGGCUCAUCAAAAUUCACGGCUCGAAAACUCAAUGCUCCAUCCAUUUCAUGUAAAGAAUAAUGUAAUCAAGGUUUCUUUCUAUUUGUUUUCAAUGAAAGGAUUAACUCACUGACCAUGAAGGCGGCUCUCGUGUGAAUAAACUGCGCCCAUAUGACGGAAUCGUGACAGCAAACAUAAUUAUUCGAAGCGUUCGCGUAAUUAAUCAUGUUCGUUUAGUUUUGCUUUACUCGUGUUAAUUACGUGGUGCAUCGCAAUGUCGGGACAAAAUGUUCAGGAUGAAGUGGACGCUGACAGGGCGCAGGUGACCGGGAAAAUACUAAGUGCGGUAUUUUAUGCGGUCGCCUCUUUUAUGAUCACUGUUGUGAACAAAACCGUAUUGACGACUUAUGCAUUCCCGUCCUACCAAGUCUUGGGAUUGGGUCAAAUGAUCGCCACUAUUGUCGUGUUAUGGAGCGGCAGGUAUAUAAACAUGGUACAGUUCCCGCCGCUGGAUAGUGGCGUGGCUCGCCGUAUAUGGCCGUUACCACUCAUCUACUUAGGAAAUAUGGCCACGGGACUAGGUGGCACAAAGGAGCUUAGUCUGCCAAUGUUCACAGCGUUACGGCGCUUCAGUAUCUUGAUGACCAUGUUGGGGGAAAGAUUUGUACUUGGAGUCAGAGCCUCGUGGCCGGUACAGGCUAGUGUAUUGGCCAUGGUCGGUGGCGCUCUUCUGGCAGCCAUAGAUGACGUCACAUUUUCCUGGUCAGGGUACACACUUGUGCUCCUCAAUGAUGCCUUCACAGCUGCAAAUGGAGUUUACAUGAAGAAAAAAUUAGAUUCAAAAGAACUAGGUAAAUAUGGACUUAUGUACUACAAUGCAUUGUUUAUGUUAGUUCCUGCUACUCUAGUGGCUUGGUCCACAGGUGACUUGGUGCAUUCGAUGGAAUAUACGGGCUGGAACAACCCACUGUUUGUAAUACAGUUCCUUAUGUCAUGUGUAAUGGGCUUUGUUUUAUCAUACAGUGUGAUGUUGUGUACGCAGUACAACAGUGCAUUAACAACAACAAUCAUAGGCUGCCUUAAAAAUAUCUGUGUAACAUAUUUAGGAAUGGUCAUAGGAGGAGACUAUGUAUUCUCAUAUUUGAAUUUUGUUGGCCUCAACAUCAGUGUUCUGGCAAGUCUCCUUUAUACAUAUGUUACAUUCAAACGUAAACCCAAACCGAGUUACAUUCUAGUACCCAAUGACCGGGUGGACACCGUAUAGCAGUGUCACCGAAGGAAACCGAAGUGCUCUACGUUUAUAGUAUAGUAUUGCAGGUACCAAAGACAACUAUUUACUUUGUUGGUGACUGGAAACCAGUUAAUAGAAGAUUAUCAGUGAACAAAUAUGAACAGCUAUAUUGUGUUAUAUAUUAAUAACCAAUGAAUAUUCUGACUUUAUGAAAGAAUUGUGCCUAGAAUAAUUUUAGACAUUUUUUAUCAUAUUGUAUGACUUUUAUGAGGAGAUAUAGAAACACAUAAAUUAUAAACUAAGACAAGUGAAGUACAUUGGUACUAUAAAGUAUACUUUAUAAAAUUCUGAUUAUAAAUUUACAUCUAUAUAAAUGGAAGUUUAUUAUAAUAGUACAUUGUAAAUAAUAUUUAUAAUAAGCAAGUACAAAUACAGUAUUGUCAUAAAAAUGUAAAUGUUAUAUAGAAUUCACUACCAAUUGACCAAAUUCUUAAUUUUUUUUUAAUAUUUCAUUUUUAUUUCGUGACAAAAUGUGUGGUUGUAUUUAGGGCUUAUUAUACUAUUAUAACCUAUAUAGUAUCAUAUCUAGACCAAACAAUAUAUAUAUACUUAUGGCAAAACAUUGUACUAAUCUCAUAUAAUUUAGAAAUCUAGUGAGCAUAUUCUUAAUGCAUAUAUUAGACUUGAUACAUAUAUAUGUAUUAUAUAAUAGUGUAAAAAAGCAAUUAGUUUUAUAAAUUUUGACUUCUAUUUUAUUUUUUACAUUAUUUUCAAACUAUUAUACAUAUAAUAUUGCCAUACCUCUUGCAAGUUGAUAUAAAAAAAUCAACAACUUAAUUACACCACAUAUGUGUGGUGUGUAUGUAAUAAAACUGUGCUUAAAAAUAUGUAAUUAAUGGUGCAUUUGUUUAAUAUAUAAAUAUAGUGUAAUAUUGUUAUACACUUGCUCAACUUAUAGAAUAAUCAUUGCCUUGUCCUUAUCCCAUUAUUUAUAGUUGACGAAGAAUAUCAUCUUUCACAAAAUCCAUCCAUGCUUAUUUAAUUCCUCCUCCUGCUUUACCUCCAUUCACAUUAAUUAAUUAUUCUUUAUUUAAUACAUGGAUGUCACUUCACAUAAUAUACCUGUAACAAGACAGUUAGUUCUAUUCUGUUCAAAGCUCAACAUAUAGAACAGAAACUAAUAAAAAAUAUAGUAACACUAUUAUUCGAUAUUUUAGUAUAACUUAAAAUUAUUACCAUACUUAAUUGUGUCCAUCUUGAUUGGUGCAGUUUAACAAAGUAAUUUUCCAACGAUUGAAUUGUGCCUACAUCUUCUGAGUACCACAGUAAUUUGUGUCAGCUGGUGGGCCUAUAGUAAAAUUAUUUCAAAUACUUGUCAGUCAGGCACUAUUAAGGUUUUGGUAACAAAAUUUUUUACGUAGUAUGUAUAGCUGUAAAGCAUAUAAUCAUGUAAGACAUUUAAGUUACCUGGACGUCAGCUUUUAUAUAAUUGUUCCAAUAUGCCGUCCAAUUCAAACGAUAGUUUCAGUUGAGUAAAUCAGCCUAGAGGCUCAAAUGUUUUUUAAUGUGGUAUUAUACCUUAUAUACUUAUAUGGAUGUAGAUAUGCCUCACAUAGCAUUGAUUACAUUAUUGCCUAUUACUAUCCGUUAAGUCGCCAGUAUACAUUAUAUGAUAGUUAGAAACGAUAGGUACCCAACCAAUGCGCGACGGUAUCUACAAUCGAUAAAGCCUGUAAUUAACCACCCCAUACGAUAUUACAGUUGUGGCCCUAUUUAUUUAAUUCUAUAAGACCUGAAUACGAAAUCAGUUGCCAUAGUAAGCUUAGUCUAUUAUUAUUGUUGCAUUUGCAUGUUAUUGGAAAUAAUAUUAUUGAAAACAUAUAAGUUAAAGCACCAAGUUACAUUUAAGUGUAUUUUAACCAAGUUACAUUUAAGUGUAUUUUAAUAAACGAAUACGAAAUGUAAAUAUAUGUCAAUUAAAUAAAUACAUAUGUAACGUGUUUACGACACUAUUUCCGGUGUGUGAUUAGAAUUAUAUUCACAAGGAGUGACGUCGAAUGUUUAGAUUCAUAUUUUUAACAUAAUCCGCCAACGGAACAUCCGUUGGUUACAAUUAUGUAUGUUAUACAUUUUAAUGAUUUCUUUCUACAUUUGUAGGGCAAAAUGUUACUAUUAAACAUAUUGUUAAUACCAUAUGUUUUUGAACGUUAUCAAUAUAUCUUCAAAACAUCCUUGCGCGAUAAAAUAAUAGUUUUAAAUAAUGCUUAAUUUAUUUAUAUAAAUAUAUGAUUGGAUGUUACUAAUGGUGAAGAGCAACAUGGUAGCUGCACUACCUAGUCCAAUAGUCGCGCUUUGGAAUCUGGUACAAUACAAAAAAAUGUGCUGGAUUUAAAACCGCGACUAUUAAUUGUAUUUAUGAACACCUACAUAUGUGUAUUAUGUUAUAUUAUGUAUGUAUAUACAAAAUGUAUUUAAGUAUUAUUAUCGGUUAUCUAGUGCGCGUAAUAGUACUAGUCCUGUUAAACUUAAGUUGUCGCUUUGUGAUAUGUGCAGUUAAAGCUCCUACACGCGGCCCUAAAAUCGGUGGAGAUAAUACGAUAUUGAUUACGAUUUGCCUAUGCACGAGACGAUCAAUGUUGCCAUCUCGGGCGCUCCCCGCUACUGUUUUAUCUCGGUACCAAUUUUAGGGUCAUGUGUGGAUGUUUUUAUUUAUUUAUAGAAUACUUCCACGUUUUUUUCAGCAGCAGCAGCUUAUGAAAAUAGCGGGGGAUUUUUUUAAUGCGAAUUGCCUCGUGUUGUGUUUGUAUUCGCACAAUUUUUAUAAAAUGUACUUAUAUAGUCAAAUAAAUAGUAAAAUAUUGUAUGAUUUUCUCGUGUCGCAAAUAUAUUUGUAUCAUUAGGUAGAAUAUUUAAAGUCUUAACUUAUUAGAUAGGAUUCAAUUGAGUUGUGUGAAUUUAACCGACUUAUUACUUAUGUACUUUUAUUAUUUGUCAAUUUAGCUAUUUGAUAGUUUGUGUUUACACAAAAUCCUAAGCAAGUAAUGCUGAACAACGUUUAUUUAAAAGAACAGCACGCAAGUUUCUUGCUCGUUCUUUUGAUGAGUCGUACUUUCCGAAUGAGUGGUAGAAUAUAAAAGUAUGUUAUAUGAUCAGAAGUGUUUAUAUUGAGUUCAUUUGAAUAAAUGUAAAUUCUAUUUAUAUUAGAAAAUAGAAGAUUUUUUACUCAUUAAACAAUAUCGCCAAUGAUGUGCCUAUAAAUGGUACUAUUUUUGUAAAUUUAGUCGUCCGUUUUGUAAAAAAUCAAUUUUUUUAUUAUAACUGAUUAGUUAAUUUUUACAAAUGAAACAGAAUUCGCUUAGAUAUAUAUAACUAAAUGUUCCUAUAAUGGAUGUAUUUAUACUAAGAUAUAAUAUUGUAUUGUAGUUAGAUUUCUUUUUUAUAUAAAAAAUACCUCCUUUAAUAUGUUAAUAUGCAGUUAAUUUACCGUGGUUGACUUUAUACAAAGACGUCUGAAUCGGUAAUAAUUAUGUACGUUAAGAUUUAUAAACUAUAUUGAUUAUUAUUAGAAAUUUUUAUAAUGUAUCCUAUAGCUUAAUAAAAUCAUGUAAAUCUACUUAAACAGAAAUGGAAACAAUGAUUUGUUAGUAAAAGUGCAUUUAUACCUACUACACCUCGAUGUAAAUAAUUUUAGAAUGUUUCUUAUUACCAAAAUUCUAUAUGUUGAUGUUUUUAUAGCAUUGUAUAUUUUAUAACUGUUAAACAUAAGACGUUUCUUUUAUUAUGGCUUCAUUUAUGUUAAGCGUUUUUCAACUGCUGUUUCGAAAAUAAUGUCAAAUUAAAAUAAAGAAUAAUUGCAAGAAAAUAACAUUAAAAUUAACCUUAAUGGAUUAUACACCUAAACUUUCCAUAGAAAUUACUCGAUUGAUAUAUGAAAACGACAUGCAGACAUGCCGCGGGGCACUUUAAUAAUAGUAUGUGUAUUUUGUUCUGUGCGCAGAAUUGGUUCAGUCUAUUUUCCAUUCUGGUUGAAAGUCGGUUGCAACUGAAACACAAACUACAUAUGAGGCUAUUAAAUACCGUUUCCGGGAAUACAUUUCUUUAUGAAAGCAUAAGUAAUAGCUUGAGUAAUAUUUAAUAAUAACAAAUGGAAGGAACAAUACUUAAUAGAUCUGAUAUUUAGGUUGAUAUUGGUUCUCCUUUAUAUAUAUUUUUAUAUUGCCAGUCCACAAUAGAGCAACAUAGUAUUUUGAUUUAAAGUACUACCUAUAGAUGUUGAAAUAUUUUUUUAUUACAAUUUUUUUACCCGAUUGUAUUAUAUAUUAAUUUUAUUACGUUGAUUUACAGAUUGUGUUAUUUGGAUGCUUAUGUUAUUGUAAUUAAUUAAUAAGUAAUAUUUCAACAAUGUUGUGAACCAUAUUGAUGAGAUAUUACUAUCAAUGUUGUAUAUGAAAA